UGUAGGUGGUCCAGACCCAGGAGCAGAUCUUUCGGGUUGCAUCAGGAUGAAUGACAACCUAAGUAUGGAAGAGAAUGGUGUUGAACACUUGGGUUCUGAGGACCUGCCACAGUCCAGGGAAUAUCUCACACUACCAUCGCCUGGACACACUUCCUCCUCAGAGAGUACUGUAACUUCAAGUGAUUCUGGAUCAGACGUUUUGAAUAUGGCUUCUGGUGGCCUUGACUGUAAAUCACUCUGUGAGAAAGAGGAGGCAACAAGACCAGUGUCUUCCAUGACAGAGAUCCAAGGCACCAGUCCAGAUCCUGAGAACAUUGUAUGCCAAGACACUAUGAGUAAGGAUAAAACCAUAUCAAAUCUGGAAGCCAAAGAGGAACCCAAAACAAUAGAAGAGCAUAGAAAAGAAUGUGCUUCAGGAGAAUCUGGGAUUUCCCCUGUUCCAGUAACUACCGCGAAAUCCGUUAACUUCAGACAAAGUGAAAACACGUCUGCUAAUGAAAAAGAAGUGGAGGCAGAAUUUCUCAGAUUAUCUUUGGGAUUUAAAUGUGACUGGUUUACAUUAGAGAAAAGAGUGAAGCUUGAAGAGCGAUCUCGGGACUUGGCAGAAGACAAUUUGAAGAAAGAAAUCACUAACUGUUUAAAGCUCUUGGAGUCUUUAACACCUCUGUGUGAAGAGGACAACCAGGCCCAGGAAGUCAUUAAGAAGCUGGAGAAGAGUAUAACGUUCCUCAGCCAAUGUGCAACUCGAGUAGCCAGUAGGGCCGAGAUGUUGGGAGCCAUUAAUCAGGAAAGCCGGGUUAGUAAAGCAGUUGAAGUGAUGAUUCAGCAUGUAGAAAACUUGAAGAGAAUGUAUGCCAAAGAGCAUGCUGAAUUAGAAGAACUGAAACAGGUUCUCUUGCAGAAUGAAAGGUCUUUUAACCCUCUUGAAGAUGAAGAUGACUGCCAGAUUAAAAAACGUUCAGCUUCUCUGAACUCCAAGCCAUCUUCUCUACGAAGAGUGACUAUUGCUUCUUUACCCAGAAAUAUUGGAAAUGCAGCAAUGGUUGCUGGGAUGGAAAAUAAUGACAGAUUCAGCAGGAGGUCCAGCAGUUGGCGUAUUUUGGGGUCAAAGCAGAGUGAACACCGUCCCUCAUUACAUCGAUUUAUUAGCACCUAUUCCUGGGCAGAUGCUGAAGAUGAAAAAUGUGAACUGAAAACUAAAGAUGACUCAGAACCUCCUGAAGAAGAAAUAGUAGAAAGAACAAGGAAGACAAGCCUUUCUGAAAAGAAAACUAAUCCAUCAAAGUGGGACAUCUCUUCCAUUUAUGACACAAUAGCUUCCUGGGCAACAAAUCUCAAGACUUCCGUCAGGAAGGCUAACAAGGCCUUCUGGAUUUCUGUGGUGUUCAUUGUACUGUUUGCAGCUCUGAUGAGCUUCCUCACAGGCCGAUUUUUCCAAAAAUCUGUGGAUGCUGCCCCCACACAGGAAGGGGACUCCUGGCUAUCUCUAGAACAUAUCUUGUGGCCAUUUACCAGCCUCUGCCACAAUGGGCCACCACCAGUGUGACCAGUGAUCCAGUGACCAGUGAAUCACCAGUGUGAUGUAGUGCAUCCUGAUAUCUUGAUUUUUAAUGUUUCAGUAUCUGAACUUAAUAAAUUAGUAACUUUUAGUAGGGAAAGUAUAGUACAAAACCAGAGGUUCUUAGAACAACUGUAAAAUGUUUUACAUUCCCAUUUUUUGCAAUCACCUUCCCAACUAAACUAAAGGGAGAAGAAUUUGCCUAUAUUUUAAUGAGCUCUUUGAGAAAGAAAUAUAUAUUGUUUUGCUAAAACUUAUCUAAAUAAAGAUCCAUUUAAAUAUUCAUACAGUGAAAGCUAAAUUCUCAAUAGCCCAAAGAAAAAAGCCUACUUUGUUUAAAAUAAAAUUUGAAUACAAAAUACUA